AUGGCUGGCAGAAUCCUGAAAUUCAACUUCAUGGGCGAUGUCAUGCUCGGACGACUGAUCGACCAGCUAUUUCCAGACCACGUUGAUGAGCCAGAAGAAGCUGCAAUUGUUCGGUCCUUUCAACAUUCCAAUCCAAAGCUCGCUAGCUACGGGCCAAAAUCACCAUGGGGCGAUACCUUGACCGUGCUGGAGUCGAGCGACCUCAAUUUCAUCAAUCUGGAGACGGCGGUGACCACUCAUGCUCAGAAGUGGCCUGACAAGGUCUUCAACUACCGUAUGCAUCCAGCAAACAUUCAAGCCUUGACAACAGCAAGGAUCCACUACGCAGGUCUCGCCAACAACCACACCCUCGAUUUCUCCCAAGAAGGCCUGCGAGAAACCGUUCAAACCGUUCGAAGAGCAGGCAUAGCUUUCGCUGGAGCGGGUGAUGACGAAGCAGGGGCAAGAAGACCUGCCAUACUAUCCCCCGCAGGUUCUGACCAUCAAAUCUGCAUUUGGGCCGGCUCCGACCAUCCUCGCGACUGGAAGACCGUCCCAGCAUUCCACUCGAUCGACUACUCCCAGAAAACCAAAGAGCGCCUCAGAGAACUCAUCCAAAGCACCGCGCCCACCAACCCAGCCUUGAAGAUCUGGUCAUGCCACUGGGGCCCAAACUACGCAUGGCAGCCCGCACAGCAGAUCCAGGAUCUCGCGCACUUCAUGAUCGACGAGUGUGGCAUCGACAUCGUGCACGGCCACUCCUCGCAUCACGUCCAGGGCGUGGAAGUCUACCGGGGCAAGCUGAUCAUCUAUGGCUGCGGCGACUUUGUGGAUGACUACGCGCUGGUGGAGGAGUAUCGGAAUGAUUUGAGUGGGAUUUGGCAGGUUCAUGUGGAAGAGCUGGGGGAGGAGUUGAGAGUGAAGAGGCUUGAGUUCUACCCGACCAAGAUUGAUCGGUUUAUGGCGAGGAGGCUGGAUCCUGGGGAGGCUGAUUCGGCGUGGGUGAGGGAGAAGAUUGUUCAGUUGAGCGCGGGGCUUGGGACGAGGGCGAUUGAUGAUGAUGAUGUUGAGGGACGGGUUGUUGUUGAUGUUGUCUAG